CUGAUGGAUGCGUCCGAAGUGUAUCGGCAAAUGGCCGAUAUAAAAUACCAAAUGGAGGAUAACGUCAAGCAUAACUUUUUGGAUCCUUUAGCGCAUUUACAACAGACUGAUUUGAAGGAAGUCAAUCAUCAUCGGACCAAGCUCAAAGGUCGACGUUUGGACUAUGACUGCAAGAAGAGAAGACAGACCAGAGGUAGUAUUCACAGAUAA